AUAAGGCACUCCAGCAGGCAGUUUGGACACGAGGCGGCACGAGGCGCACUGACCACUCACACUCUGGAAAAUAAACUGCUGCAGAUGUCUAAAAUACACAAGUUUACCAUGUUGUAGCGAAAGCAGAGUGAGCCACUCACUGGAAUAGGCAUACAGAUUGAUUUAUCACCUGUGACAGCGGACAACUGCAAUGGAUACCACUUUGGACCCCCUUUCAGCAUCUGUUCUCUACGACGAGGAAGAUGGAAACGAAACCUCCACCAAUCUAUUCGAGCAGCCGGACUGGCAGGUGGCACUAUGGGCGAUUGCAUACUCUUUGAUCGUAAUUGUGUCCAUCAUUGGCAAUGUCACAGUUAUUUGGAUCAUUCUGGCACAUAAGCGCAUGAGGACAGUGACCAACUACUUCAUUGUAAACCUCGCCUUUUCUGAUGCGUCUAUGGCAACUUUUAACACCGUCUUUAAUUUCGUGUAUGCUUUGCAUAAUGACUGGUAUUUUGGUUUGGGAUACUGUAAAUUUCAGAACUUCUUCCCGAUAACAGCAAUGUUCUCAAGCAUUUAUUCAAUGGCGGCUAUUGCUGUUGACAGAUAUAUGGCUAUAAUUCAUCCGCUGAAGCCCAGGCUCUCCUCCACAACUACUAAAGUUCUGAUCGGGAUCAUAUGGACUGUGGCUUUUUCACUAGCCUUUCCUCAGUGUUACUACGCCAGCACCAAGUUCUACUUCCCUCGGACUGUUUGUAUGGUGGAAUGGCCUGACGAUUAUGGCGGGAAACAUCAGCUCUCGUAUCAGAUUGCUGUGAUUAUCCUGAUCUACUUGCUCCCUCUGCUGGUGAUGUUGGUGACCUACAGCCUGGUGGGACUGAGGCUGUGGGGCAGCGAGAUCCCUGGAGAAGCAUCAGAUCACUACCAGAACCAGAUGCAGGCGAAACGCAAGGUUGUAAAGAUGAUGAUAGUGGUGGUGACGACCUUUGCAAUAUGUUGGCUUCCCUACCACAUCUAUUUCAUCCUGGGGAGCUUCAACAGGGACAUAUACAAGCAGCACUACAUCCAGCAGGUCUAUUUGUCCAUCUUCUGGCUGGCCAUGAGUUCUACUAUGUACAACCCCAUCAUUUACUGCUGUCUAAACCAAAGAUUCCGCUCAGGUUUUCGGAAAGCGUUCCAGUGGUGCCCCCUCGUCAAGAUUUCUGAGGAGGACAACAUGGAACUGCAGCACAUGAGAACCUUCCACAUGAGACGCAGUUAUCGCACUGAGACCACCAGCGUGGUUGUCCGUAAUCAUGUCAGCGAACCAGAAGACACCACAUCCAAACUAAUCAAAGCCUGAAUCUACAAUAUUUCAGCGAUGAGGGUAAAAAACACACCUGUUGGCGUCACAGGGCCACACUUUGCACUUAAUACCUCACAACAGAAUUAGAUUUCCCCUCCUGUUGUUCUCUAUAGUGGAUUCAGUGGGCUUUACAGAUGGAGUGUUCAUCUACUCCUAUGGCAUAAGCACCAAGCCUUAUUUGUUUCUGUGUUGCUGUUUAAAGUACAAGUCCUAGUAUGUGUAUAGGUCAAUUCAUUUUGUAUAUACUGUACACACUGCUGUUCAAAGGUUUGGGGUCAGAAAGAUUAAAUUAGUACAUAUAUUCAGAAACAACAAAAUAAAACAAAAAAAUGUUUCUAGAGCACCAAUCUGUGCAUAUUAGAGUGAUUUCUGAAGGAUCAUGACUGGUGUAAUAGAUGCUGAAAAUUCACUGUAUUUUACUGACCCUAAACCUGAACAACAAUUUACAAUGGUAAAUCAUGCACCACUAUAGAGCAGUUAAUGUUUCGAGCUGUAAAUAUUGUUUAAAUGUAAAGUGGCAACUCUAAAUGUGAAAACAGAACUGCAAAAUCAACAUUAAAUUGAUCAGAGCAUCUGUACCCUAGAUUAAGAGUAUGGAUUCCUGGAGAUAUACACAAUCAAGUAUAAGGGUCAUUUUAUAGUUAGGGGUACAUUUAGAAUUUGACAAUGUGAAAAAGGUUUUUCUUUUCCCCAAAAACACAAACAUGACCUUACAUAGCAGCUUUGAAACAAUCUAUAUUGUAUAAAGAGCUAUAUAAAUAAAGGUGAUCUGUAGGAAUAUGUGCAUAAAGUACAGUCUAUAUUUGUUACUGUCCACCAUGUUACCUUUAACUGGGUAACACAGUUGACAGGUAACUUAGUUGACAUUUUUAGUGUUUUGGGCCUAUACUCAACAUGGAAGCCUAGAACUACUGAGCAUAUGGUAUGUUUAGAAAUAUAUUUUCAUAAACAAAACAUAAGUUAUAGUUAAAUUGUCUUGUUAAAAUAUGCAGCAAGAAUACUUGUGUAACACUGUUGACAGUCUGUUAAUCCACUCUUGACACAGGUUUGCUAGUUUAACUAAUAUUAGGGGAAAGAGAGAGAACAUAACUUCUAAUGCUUCUACCAUGUGCUUCUAUAGGAAAUAUCAUCAUACUCUGCAAAUUAUGUGAAAAUGGGACAAACCAUUCCUUUUUGAGGGGGGUUUUCUAGUGGGUAACUUAGCUGACAAUGUUUUUUCAGACACAAAUAAAACAAGUUAUAUCACAAUAAACACUUACUAUUUUUGAAACACACACCUAAAUUAUAUGAACAUUAUUUUUGAACAAAAGAUAUUGCUUUUUCAACAUGUAGUAGUGUGAUUGGGAAAAAUACAAAUGUGUACUAGAAAAUUAAGCACUGGGUCUUUAUAUUGAUGAAAAUAUAUUAAAAAUAUACUUUGCAGACAUGAGAUGUAUCCACAAUUAUAGAAUGACCCAUAAGCUGGACGAUGGCUAUUGGGUUGAAUUGACAGCGCUGGAAAAUUAUAUUGGAAAUAUAUUAUCUAUAGUGGUCGAAGACAUUAUGUAUAUAUUUAUAGGCAAGCUAAAAUAUAAACAAAACCAAACUGUUGUAAUUGUACUGUACAUAGACAUGCAAGCUCACAUUUUACUGGUACUUAAUGUUUACAGCAUGUAUACAUCUGCAUGUACAUCCAUACGCUUGACUGAUUAAAAAGAAUUUAGUAUGUUUGUCUGAGUUUUAGCCCUGAGACAUAGAGAUAUUUAAUUUCAAUGCCAAUAAUAUGUAUUUUUUUCUUUCAAGUACAACAUCCAACAAAUGUAAUGUAGUUGGGUAAUAAUUAACCUGUGUGUUUUACAUUUAAAAAAAUUGUUAUGCUGUCACAUAGAAUGGCAGUGGGAAAUACAUGAUUGAUAUUUUUAUUGAUUUUGUUGGUCAUUUUGUUUUCUUUUGAAAAACCGUCUAGGAUCUGUUUAAUUGUAUGAUUGUUCUGUGUUGAAAUCUAAGUAAAGAAUAUUCUACAAUUACGGCAUUACUGGUGCAUUACAUUACUAGUGCUGUGUCAAAUACA